GACCAGUGAAGACCUGGUUACACACCAACAUUUGAAUCUUUAGCUCAAGGGAGAGCCCCAGGUAGCAAAAAAGAUCUGACAGUUACCAAUGCUUGGUGGCUUUGGCUAGAAUGGAGAGAAUCAAGGUCACCCAGAGAGACUGUACAGGUUCAUUUUGUCAGGUUUAUUGAGUACUCUGGGGGUGGGGGCAGGGCAUGGGUGUACUGGAGAAUAAUUUCUGAUAGAACAGAUUGCAAAUCUUAAGUAAAUGAUGCAGAUGAACCAGAAAAAAUGUUUUCAUAUUACUAGAAUAGAAGUGAAAUGGCAAUAACUAGAUGCAUGCAGGACUGGAAGACGGUUAACUUUUCACUGAAACCAGCCCCUGAAAGACACUGGACCUCAGAAAAAUCUAUUGAAGAGGGCUUCUUACAUGGCAACUGUAUAAUUAAAUGGUAUUAAUUCUUUAAAGUUACAGUUAUAACGCAAAAAAAAAAAAUUGAGAAAAAUAAAAACAAAAAUAUUGGUCUAUGAAAAAAUGAUGAAAAGCUAACGAUAAGUAGCUUUAUUUUAUAUGGAACCAUGUUUUACUAUAAAAGGGAAAAUGCAGAAACUACACAGGGUGAUUUAUUAGAAAACAAAUAACAAAACGGAAUAUACAUAAAGCUAUACUAAAGGGCACCUCACCUGGCAAUGAGGUUAUAAGAGAAACAGUUAUUAAGGGGCCUACCUACAAAACGAUGUGGAGGAUACUGGUCAGUGCCCAGAUGAGAAUCUGUGACAGGGUCGCCUGCUCCUCUGCACAUCAGCCACAGCUUGAGAAGCGCACCUCCCCGAGCCCCGCCCAGCUGGAAACCUCCACGUUCGCAGGGACAGGCACCAGCUCGUCUCAGAUCUCCCGGCUUGCAACCGGCGGGGCUCUGGUAUCCAGCGAGGGGAGGCCCAUUCCUCCUAGCAACCCGAACCCGCCCACCUCACUGCGGCCAAUCAGACUCUUCCGAUGGCCAUCAGGCCAGCCAAUGGCCGCAACCCCCAGCCUCAGCCAAUCAAAGGAGGCCUCUCUCGUUUAGACCUGGCCAAUGAGGAGGCGGCCAGGGCUUUGUGGGCGUGCCCGCUCGUGCACAAUCACUACAGGGCUCUCCCCGGGAGGGGGAGGAGCGCCCCCUCGGAGGCCUCUAGGACCCGGGAGCGCCCGGCCAGCCUGCCGAUGGCCCAAAAUAGGAACCCGGGCUGGGGGCCCGAGAGCCGGUCAUGGAUGCGGAACGAGCCGGACGCCGCGGGGCCGCCAAAGCCGCCCCGCCGCCGUUCGUGCGCGUCGCCCCCUCGCUCUUCCUCGGGAGCGCGAACGCCGCUACCGCCCCGGAGCUGCUGGAGCGCGCGGGCGUCACCCUGUGCGUCAACGUUUCGCGCCAGCAGCCCGGCCCCCGCGCGCCCGGCGUGACCGAGCUGCGCGUGCCCGUAUUCGACGACCCGGCUGAGGACCUGCUGGCGCACCUGGAGCCUACCUGUGCCGCCAUGGAGGCCGCGGUGCGCGCCGGUGGAGCCUGCCUCGUCUACUGCAAGAACGGCCGCAGCCGCUCGGCCGCCGUCUGCACCGCCUACCUCAUGCGUCACCGCGGCCUCACGCGGGAGCAGGCCUUCCAGACUGUGAAGAGCGCCCGCCCGGUGGCCGAGCCCAACCCAGGCUUCUGGUCCCAGCUCCAGAAGUACGAGGAGGCCCUGCAGUCAUGCUCCCGCCUGCCCGGGGAGCCCUCGGGCCCGACUGAGCCCUAAUGGGUCAGCCCUUGAGGACGGCCCAACCCCAAAGCGGGGCGCUUGGAGUUUCCUGCAGCCUUGGGGUGGGAAGAGGUAGUUCAUGCACUGACGGGAGGGUGGUCUGUCCUCUCCUGCCUCACGUCCCACGGAUUUUUUAUUUUCUGCAACUUCCUGAAGGUCUCUGUUCCCCCUUGACGGUAGGGCAGGGGUGUGUCCACCGAGGAGAGAACUGAGAACCGUUCCUCCCCUGGUCAGGAGGUUUAUUAGACAGAGCUUGGUCAGGAAUAUCAAAACCACUUGAGGGAUUUUAGCCAGAAACACAUUUACUAUUGAGAGAUGGAGGCCAGAGAGCCAAGGUCAGGAGAUGGGGAAGUACAGGAGUCAUGGAGACCCGCCACCUUGUUCCUGGCUGCCUUCCACUCUGAUGUGGGCGACUUCUGGGGGGCUGCUGGCAGAACCUCAUGCCUGCCACCUGCUCAAGCCACAGGGGCUUUCCCACACCUCACACUGGUCCCAUCGCGAAACGCAACACGGGAUCCAGCUGGUGAGGGCCCAGUUUCCAGACUUGCAGCUGCUGUGACACCCAGUGAGGGUUCGAGGCUGUGUGACAGACCACCCAGUGUGGGCACCCUUGGGGACCUCAGUGUCCGUACCCACCUCCUACCUUACUGGCCUUCCAGUUUCAGCAACAGCAAUGAGUCCCAGCCUAACAUCCUGCAGCCAAGGUCAUGUCAAUGCAAUGACCACCCAUGUGUCUGAGCUUGUUGAUUCCUCUUCUGGUUCAGAGGCCACCCCGCUUGGACACACUACAGCCUAAAGACUAUACUAGAAAAUUAAUCACCACCAACACUCCUUAAAUAAGAUAGUGGGGAAAGAGUAAAGGAAAAAUUGGGUAACACAUAUGAGUUACAAAUAAUAUCCCUGGUUAAUAUACAAAUAUAUACAUAACAAGGUUAUGAAUAAAA